AGACUCGUGCCGUGACGUCACCGACACUCUUUCCGAGGGUCGGAUUAAAGAUGGCGCCCUCUCAUGCGGUAAGAUGCUGUCAACGGGGUUUAUCCUGGAUACCUGUGAUUUUUAUCAACCUGGUCGUGUGCUGGUCCUACUACGCUUACGUGGUGGAGCUCUGUAUAUACACAAUCGCCAACACAGAGGAGAAAGUUAUUUAUCUGAUAGUGUUUCACGUCUUUUUCUUCAUGUUCAUAUGGUCUUACUGGAAGACCAUAAUUUCCAAGCCUGCCAGCCCCUCAAAAGAGUUCUGUCUCCCUAAAGCAGACAAAGAGCUGUAUGAGAAAGAGGAGAAUCCAGAGGCCCAGCAGGAAAUCCUGAAGAAAGUGGCCAGAAAUGUGCCCGUAUAUACACGCACAGGAUCUGGGGCUAUCCGGUACUGUGACCGCUGUCAGUUGAUCAAACCGGACAGAUGUCAUCACUGCUCCACCUGCGACAGAUGCGUCCUGAAAAUGGAUCACCACUGUCCAUGGGUUAAUAACUGUGUUGGAUUCUCCAACUAUAAGUUCUUCGUGCUGUUCCUGGCGUACUCUAUGCUGUACUGCGUCUACAUCGCUGCCCCAGUUUUGCAGUACUUUAUCAAGUUCUGGACACUUUGCAGACGGAGGGCUAUAGAGCAUUGCCCGGAGAAUCACCUGCCAGACACUCAUGCAAAGUUCCACGUGUUGUUCCUGUUCUUUGUAGCGGCCAUGUUCUUCAUCAGUAUCCUGUCACUCUUCAGCUACCACCUGUGGCUCGUGGGAAAAAACAGAACCACUAUAGAGGCGUUCAGGGCACCGGUGUUCAGAAAUGGCCCAGAUAAAAAUGGCUUCACUGUGGGCUUCCGCAAGAAUGUCACCCAGGUGUUCGGAGACCAGAAGAAGUGUUGGUGCUUGCCCCUUUACAGCAGUUUGGGUGACGGCUACACAUUCCCUACCCGCCUAGUCAACGUUGACUCAGAGCAAGGCAAUGUUGAACACCAGGCCAUUAAAUGCACUGUUGAUGGACAGACAAACCCCAGACCUCUGAGUGAGUCACAGAAUCAUCUCCUAGGCAACAAAAUGCACUCUGAGGAGCAGAAAGACAGCAGCCCGGCGAACAUCGAGGUAUGUCAGCCUGUUUCAAUUACCAUGGAGAAUGAGUCAUAAUCAGGUCUUUGGAAUGGCCCCAGGAUGUUUUCCUCUCUGAAGAGUACUGUUGUCAUAAGGCCUCAUGUGAAAGAGCACACAGUCCUCAGAUAUCAUGCCUUAAGGUUAGCAGCAGCAUUCUCUCAUAUGGAAACGCUGUGGUGGAUGUAUCUCCCUGCACUCAUAUCCACAGACUCUCAAGCUCUUCACACCAAACAUCCACUCAACUCGACCGCUCUUUCACUGGGGUUUAUGAUGUUGUGACUAACACACUUACUUUUCUCCAAGCAUGCACAUUUAUUUGACCAAAAUACCCUAAAAUGACCUUCAGGAUGCUCUGUCCAAUGUAUAAUGUAUUUAUACUGGAUUAUCUCUGGGACGACUUCCUUUUUGUAGACCAAAAAAGUCAGGCAGGUGUUGCUACCCAAGAUGCACUUUUGUCACCAAGGAUUUGAGUGGAAUGCUGAUGUUUACGGAUCUGAAUGAACAUGAAGUGUAUUGCAGAAUUUGAUUAGAAUGUGAUGUUCAGUUAAGUCACAUUUCACUACACAGCAGCUUCAACCUCAGCUAUUAGGAGUUUCUAAAGUAUUUUGUUCAGAAGAAAGUGCACUGAGGUAUUUAAUACUUUCACUCUAGAUCUUUACAUUAAUGUACUCUAUUUGUGGAAAACUCUAUUUAGUAUUCAGUGAUAUCCAGCAACUUUGACACAUCUACCCAUUUAUUAACACUAUUUUUUUUCGCUGCAUUUAAAUUAUUUCAUUUUUUCCAAACCUCAUGCCCCUUAGCAUUAUACUAUCAGCUUUGUGCCUUCAAAUGAGGGUUAAAUUUUGCAGCAGAUGGUGAAUCGUGAGAGUAUGCACACUUAAGAUUUCCAGGUUGUGUAGCACACGCAGCUCAGUGGUUUAUUACAGAAGGAACUCAGGCCAAGAUGUUAGACUUUUGCCACCUUCAGUUUAAGUUUGAAGACAGCUGAGGUUUUUAUUCCACAUGUUGAUGUACAGCAAGGUCUGUUUACAGCUGCACUGGAGGACUCUGACCUCAUAAGGAAGCUCUUGUGUGACUGAAAUACAUGCAUUUCUCUGCGUGAGCAAGAUGAGUGUUAAUAUGUUUAAAAACUCAUAAUUUCAGAGUCGAUGCUCAUGGAAGUCAUUGAAUCAGGUUUUGUGUUUUUUUUUUUUAAUAGUUUUAUAGAAUUUUCUAUUUAUGUUAUUGCAUGUUAAUGUGAAAAGUAUUGAAGGGCCGAUGAUUUACUGCUCUAGUUGUGACCUCUCUAUAGCUGGACUUGAGCUGACCUAAUUAUAGCAACUGAAAUCUAUCAUGCGUGUAAAAAUAAUCCCUGAUAGGCUGCUGCAUCUGCUGGAAGUCACAUGCUAUUCAUCUGAGGUCAUGAUUGUCUUUAUGAACAUUUUUGCAAGCAAGGACAGUGAUUAUGCCAAAUAUAAUCAUUUUAAUAUCAAGGAACUCGCUAAUCAAUCACUUACUCCCUCAUGAAUAUGUAAUAUAUUACUGGAAUUUGAAUACCAAACAUAGGACCAUUUUCUUUUUUUGAUUUUUGUUCUUUAAUUUGUACAGAAUUUUCAGCUUUUUUUGUACUUACCCUGCAGGCCAGUUUGGUUCAUGAUGUUAUAUUUGAAGAUGUUUCUGAAGUCUGAACAGUUUGCACAGAUUCUCCAUGUCUAAUUGAAUUUAAUGUGUGUACUUUGCAGAUUUAACAAGUAUUCAAUGUAUGCAUUAUAGAAUUAUUUAAUAAAAAAAAUUCAGCACUAUGAGGGCAUGUGAUUGAGUUUGAGAAAGGAAUAAUGGAAAUAGUUUUGGGUACGAAAAAAUAGGACUAACAGAAUUUUAUUUUUAGGUUGAACUAAUUUAAUAAACUCAGAAGUUACCUCAUCUACAGUCCUGCAAAUGCAGGGUAUUUAGUUGUUAGCCUUUGGUCUGGUGAAAAGGGAAAAGGUGAAAAGUGUAAUCAGAGGUGAAUAAUUCAGAUGCUGCUGUUUCUUACCACAUAACAGAAAGGGGAGGAUAUUUUUUAGCAUAAACAAUGACAAGACUGUAACAAGAUGACAUACCGGGUCCUAUGAGAACUACAAUACUUAAGAAAAAAUACACUAAAACACAAGCACAGACAAACCACUCGACUUAAUACAGACAUGAAAAUAAUUUGCACAGAACAUCUGAAAACAUUUCCAAGACUCUAAAGUAUGAACGAGAUGCAUUAGUUUCCUUGAUGGGGGAACUAGAACUUUUCUGUUAGCUCGACCUCAAAAAUGCAGAUUUCCGUUCAGAGACAGAUAAACUCAUUUUAGUCUGUAUUAAAACUACUGUGAUGACAGAUUCAUUACUCCACAGUAUUCACUCGACACUCAGAUGUUACAAUCUUAUAUUCUGACUUGGAUUCACACACUUAUAAAGAUGCUACUACAGAAGAUCAGACAGUUAUGGGGGUGUUACAACUAAACCAUGUGACCUAAAUGAAAACAAGAACCUAACAGUCCAAACUGAAGUCAAAACUGCAAUGCAAACUUAAGAGGGUAAAAAUCAUAAGAGCUUUAAAACAAUCAUGCUUCGACCUCAUGGGCCGCUAAAGUGGAACGUGAGACCGCCUCACGCCACCCCCUACUGGAGCUCUCGCCUAAUCGCAGGCCCUUCGAGAGCGCUGGAAUGAGCUCAUCCGCAGCACGCGUGAC